AAAUAGGAAACAGUAAAGAUAUGCCAGAGAUUCCUAAUCACCUUUCUAGUGAAGCCAAAAGUUUCAUAAGACUUUGCUUGCAAAGGGAACCAUCAGCGCGUCCUACAGCCUUGCAACUACUAGAUCACCCUUUCAUUCGUGAUCAAUCAACAACAAGAGUUGCUAACAUCAACAUAACAAAGGAUGCAUUUCCCUACACUUUUGAUGGAAGCCGCACUCCGCCCGUAUUAGAAAUGCAGUCCAGUAGAAAUAAUAUCCUCUCAUUUGAUGGAGAUUAUGAGACAAGGGGAAUGACUACAACUUCAAGAGCUUUAAGGAGUCCCAGAGAUAAUGCAAGAGCAAUCACAUCUUUGCCUGUGUCUCCUUGCUCAAGUCCAUUAAGACACGGUACGGCCCACAAGAGUUAUUUUCUUUCUCCUCCUCAUCCGGCUUAUCAGUUUGUAGGACAGAGCAGUUACAACUUGGGUGAUUUCUCUGCAAAUGCUUCGAGGCCAAAUCCAAAAUACACUCUGGAUCCUUGGCGUCAAACUUCACUACCAAAUGUUCAAAGUUCAAACACCGGGCACCCCUCCAAGAACGAGACCUAUUUGAGAUAUUGUAAAUAGAGACGGGAUGAAAUGUCCUUUUCCACUCCAUCUCAAAGUCCAACGAAAGCAAGUAUAUUUAAUUGAUUGGAGGAUCCUCCCUCCCUAUUCUGGUAGAUUCAGCUAAGUCAUUCUUCUAUCCAAUUAGAAAAGUGAUUGUGAUUUUAGUUUAAGGCUACUCGAAAUGAGAAUAUUUGGGGACAAUGGGAGUUUUGUUGCAGGAGGAAGAUAAACACUGCUCCGAUACUUCGAUCUUGUAACAUGCUCACAUUGAUUUUUGUAUAUGGAAGGUGGUCACUCAGUCUAUUAACAUUAUUGUUGUUGUAUACUAGCUCAUUACGUACGUAAUACCAUCACUUUGUCAUCAA